GCUCGAAUAACAAUUCAUCAAUCUUUCGCGUUUCUUCCCUUCAUAAACUCCAUUCAUUCGUAGGGUUACUGCUCGAUUAAGAGAUCCGAAAUCCGGAAUUCGAGCUGUUAUUCGGAUCUCUUCUCCGUCAUUCGGGUUAAUCUAAUAAUUGAAGCUCUUUAGUGGAAGGAGGUUCAACAGCGGGUCCGGCUUCGUCGUAAAUUCCCCCACAUUUAUAUCUAAGUAAGCCUGAAUGAUUUAAUGGAGACUAAAGGUGGGAAGAAGAAAUCUAGUAAUAUUUCCUUAGUUUACGAAGCCCCCCUUGAAUACACUGUUGAGGACGUUCGACCACACGGAGGAAUCAAGAAAUUCAGAUCUGCUGCUUACUCCAACUGCACACGCAAGCCAUCCUGAUAGUGGUUUACAGUGAUUUGCAAUAACCAUGAUUAGUGGUUUAGUAAUAAUAGUAGUUUGAUCUUCUGUUUUUUUCAUUUCGUUUCCUUUUUUUCCUUGUUGUUGUUUCUCUUUCAUUUGUAAUCGCACUCCUUUUGUCCAAGUCAAGAUGUCGAUGCCAGUGUCUGCAAUCGGAUUUGAAGGUUACGAAAAGAGGCUUGAGAUCUCAUUUUUUGAGCCUGAAAUCUUUACCAAUCCCAAAGGCCAGGGUCUGCAAUCAUUGUCCAAAGAGCAGUUGGAUCAAGUUUUGAACCCAGCUGAGUGCACCAUUGUCUCGUCCUUAGCAAACAAUGAAGUUGACUCUUAUGUCCUUUCUGAAUCUAGCCUGUUUGUGUACCCAUACAAGAUUAUAAUCAAAACUUGUGGCACCACAAAACUGCUUCUCUCAAUUCCUCCCAUCCUCGAGCUGGCUGAUGGGCUUGACCUCAAAGUGAAAUCAGUGAGGUACACCCGUGGAAGUUUUAUCUUUCCUGGGGCUCAAUCAUUUCCACACCGUAAUUUCUCUGAAGAAGUAGAUGUACUCGAUGGCUAUUUUGGUGUACUUGGUUCAGGCAGCAAAUCCUAUGUUAUGGGUGGUGUUGACCCACAACAACAAUGGCAUGUCUAUUCUGCAUCUGCUGAUUCUGCAGACGAUGAACACCCCACCUACACUCUGGAAAUGUGCAUGACUGGUCUGGACAGUAAGAGUGCCUCUGUCUUUUAUAAAACUCAUUCGAGUUCUGCAGCCGUUAUGACCCAAACUUCAGGCAUUAGAGACAUUCUCCCUGAAUCAGAGAUUUGUGAUUUCGACUUCGAACCUUGUGGCUACUCAAUGAACGCCAUCGAGGAAGCUGCAAUAUCCACAAUUCACGUGACACCAGAAGACGGUUUCAGCUAUGCAAGCUUUGAAGCAUUGGGUUAUGAUUUCAAAACUUUGAGCUUGAAUGCACUUGUGGAGAGGGUGUUGGCCUGCUUCAAACCUGCAGACUUUUCUGUCGCUUUGCAUAGCAACUCUACUGGAGCAGAGCUCGGUUCUGUGUUCAAUCUGGAUGUGAGAGGAUACGUGUCUGACGAUAUGAGCUGCAAGGCACUUGGCAAUGGAGGAUCAAUCAUGUACUGCAGCUUCACAUCCUCCACCGCUAGCUGUGGAUCUCCUAGGUCUACCCUGAAUUGCUGUUGGAGUGAAAGUGAAGAUGAGGAAGGGGGAAUAAGAAACACUACUGCAUAAGUUUCAUUCUCUCCCCUUCUUCCCAGCAUGCUGUUUACACUUUAUGGACUAAGGACUGCAACUAAUAAAGUGUCUAUCUGUGGUGUAAUGGUGUCGGCUACUCUUAUGGAUGGAGUUUGUUAUUCACAACUGUAUGUGGAUCUGAUCUGUUGAUUCUUUCCGUUUAAAUAAUAAAAAAUAUAAAGUAUUAAAUUUCCAAUUAUAUUCC